AUGUUUGAGUUAGACAGAAGGAAACCUCUAACUGAUUUACAGAUUAAACAACGAUUGGCAAAACUUCCAGUUUAUGAACAGUUUGAUUUCCUACGUGCAUCUGAUAUACUCUUGGAUAAAGAGUCUGAAAUCACUCUGCAGUUAUUCGCUAAUUUAAGAGGGCACCUACAUACUGCACUGACAAAUAUUAAAAAUGAACUAACGUCUUACGAUUUGGAGGAAGAAAAAGAAGUUACUGAUGAAAACGUUUUACCAUUUGAUUUGACAACAAAAAUUGGUCAAAAACUGGCUAGCAUUGCUCAAAUCUUUAUGAGCAGUAUAAAGAAGACAGAAACUACAGAUGGUUCUGGUGAACAACGUGUUAAAAGUGCCGAAAAGAAGGAUGUAACCAGUGAUAAAAGACAAGUAAAAUCUGGUCGUAGUGAGAAAAAUGUACCUGAUAUAAAGAAAUCAAGGAAGUUUGCCAAGGCUGUCACAUCAUUAAAAGAUUCAAAGAAACUUGCUGCUGUUCAAUCAAAUUCAAUACCUGAACUACCAGAAUAUGAACAUGAUAGAAAAGCAAGAUCAUAUUUAAAAGAAAGAUUAUUUGGUGAUUUAGGUGAAGCGGCUAAAAGGGAACAGGAAAUUCUCAUGGGGAAAAUGAAACUUCAAGCUUUACGAUUCACUUCUGAAUCAUUCAGGCAACAAGAAAUCAUAAAUGAAAGGAUAAAUGAAGCUAAGAAUCGCAAAAUAAAGAAAGAUGAUGUGGUCGAAAUUGAAGCUGUUAGUCAACUUUUGGAUCAAAAUCGGGAGUUCAAUGAGAUAUAUCAGAGGGAUAGAGAAGAACAUGAAAAAGUGCUUAGUGCGCGAAUACAACAGAAACUGCAGCCCGACAAUAGAAAUUCAGUCAAAGGAGUCACUGAGAAUAACACGACACAAGGAAAGAACUCUAAACUUCUUGAGAAUAAACGUCCUAAAAAGAAACGUCCUUUACCAGUUCUCGGAGAUUUAGAUGAUUAUGAAGCCAAUGUCGAAAGUGCAAGCACAUCUUCCAUUCCACUGAGUACAGAAGUUGAACAGAAAUCCAGGAAAAAGCGUGAAGAAUGA